CCACCCAAAAACAUGGAAAGACGCAAAAACAACAAAGAAGUUUGUCCAGUGAGGCAACAGCUGGAGGGAUCGAUUCGACCACGUGUCAUUAACACCCUGUCAGAAGGAGAUCUGACAUGUUUUGGCUCAGUGCAACUUCUUGAUUCUACAGAGAUUAGAUGUUCCUGAUUAGAUUGAAACACUCGGAUCAUUUCAUUAACAGGAAACUACUGUAUGAUUUCCAGUCAACCACAAAAUUAAACAAAAAGUCUAUUUUAUUUCCUCCCGAUCCUGUAGGCUUCAGGGUUACCCCCCUCUACAGAUGCUCUCUUCAACCUGGCAUUAAUUAGGCAUUUCUGAAAGACUCUGUUAACUUUAGAAAAGGUAGAAACCACCUUUUAUCUCUCCCUGUGUAUCAGCGGGUUAUCUGAAAUCAUUUUCCUCCGCCUGAGGGAGUCACAUGGCUUUCUUUCAAAGUUUCACUUCUUAUUUGGUCGAAAUACUUUCACACGUUUCCAUUGUGGGCUCAGAUAUUAACGCUGUAUGUGCUGCACUGCUGCAGGGGUAAAAGGAGGCUGUUGGGGUACUUGCAUGGGAUCCCAUUGUGGAGAGCCGGGCCAGAUUGGGAGGUGAAGUCGGGGAGGAGGAGGAGGAGGGGGGUCCAUUUGCAUGUUAUUACCAUAGCAUGUGUCAGGCCGUAUAUAACAGGCUGCAGGCGGCCUUGGCUGGAGACAGACGCACAGUUCACAGUGAGGAAAGACAUUGGAAGGAAGAAGGAAGCAUGUUGGACCAGUGACAAAUCUGUCCUUGGGUUAGACCAAGACCUUCACACAAAAAGCUACUUCCUAAAAUUUCUAACUUUCUUCACAAAAAACAAAACAAAACGAGGAACCCAUCUUUUUUCUCUUUACGCAUUGGAUUAACACUUUAUAACGGAACUGGAGGACUCUGAUUGUUAUUCCCCACCGCGCACUCGCCCAAGUUCACACAUCUUGUUUUGUGAUUUCAUUUUUUAUUUUGAAGGUUUGGGAUUUAUCCUUUUUUUUUUUUGUUGUUCCUCGGGACAUGAAUGAGAGCGGCGUGGCUGACAGCGGCAGCAGUUGAUGAGAAAACCCCGUGAGGCGACAGAAACGUGCUCAAUGCAUCUUCCUCAGAGGGAUUGAACAGGAGGAGGCACCCUGAGGACAAGCCGAGCCCCGAGACUUUUUACGCUAUUUAUUUAUUAUUUAUUAUGUAUUUAUUAAAUAUGGGGCGCGUCAUCCUGCUGACUCUUACCGUCAUGUCCAUGUUGCUGUGCCAGGGGUUUUGUUCGGGAGUUUUUGAGCUGAAGUUGCAGGAGUUCCUAAACAAGAAGGGAGUACAGGGCAACAAAAACUGCUGUAAGGGAGGUCUGACCUCGUCUUUCCAGCAGCAGUGCGAAUGUCAAACCUUCUUCAGGAUCUGUCUCAAGCACUACCAGCCCAACGCCUCCCCGGAGCCUCCGUGCACCUACGGCGGCGCUGUGACGCCCGUGCUCGGCUCCAACUCGUUCCAGGUCCCCGAUGUCAUCCCGGAGAGUUCAUUCACCAACCCCAUCAGGAUUAACUUCGGCUUCACGUGGCCGGGGACCUUCUCGCUGAUCAUUGAGGCAUUACACACCGACUCCAAAGACGACCUCUCCACAGAGAAUCCAGACCGCGUUAUCAGCACCAUGACCACCCAGAGGCAUCUAACGGUGGGAGAGGACUGGUCUCAGGACCUGCACACCGGCGGCAGGACGGAGCUCAAGUACUCGUACCGCUUCGUGUGCGAUGAGCACUACUACGGGGACGGCUGCUCGGUGUUCUGCCGGCCGAGAGACGACGCCUUCGGCCACUUCACCUGUGGAGAGCGCGGGGAGAUUGUGUGCGACGCCGGGUGGAAGGGACAGUACUGCACUGAACCGAUCUGCCUGCCAGGCUGCGACGAAGAGCACGGCUUCUGCGAGAAACCUGGAGAGUGCAAGUGCAGAGUGGGAUUCAAAGGCCGCUACUGCGACGAGUGCAUUCGUUACCCGGGCUGCCUCCACGGGACCUGCCAGCAGCCCUGGCAGUGCAACUGUCAGGAGGGCUGGGGGGGACUCUUCUGCAACCAAGAUCUCAACUACUGCACUCACCACAAGCCCUGCAUGAAUGGAGCCACUUGUAGCAACACUGGUCAGGGCAGCUACACCUGUUCCUGCAAGCCCGGCUUCACAGGGGCCAGCUGUGAGAUCCAGGUCAACGAAUGUGCUGGAAACCCGUGUCGCAAUGGAGGAAGCUGCACUGAUAUGGAAAACACAUAUACCUGCACUUGCCCUCACGGUUUCUAUGGCAACAACUGCGAGCUGAGUGCCAUGACGUGUGCUGAUGGGCCCUGCUCCAACGGUGGCCGAUGUGCUGACAACCCUGACGGAGGGUACUUCUGCCAGUGCCCCACAGGAUACGCAGGGUUCAAUUGCGAGAAGAAGAUUGACCACUGCACCUCAAGCCCCUGCUCCAAUGGUGCACGUUGUGUGGAUCUUGUCAACUCGUACCUGUGUCAGUGUCCAGAUGGUUUCACUGGCAUGAACUGUGACCACACUGGGGACGAGUGCUCUACGUACCCUUGCCAAAACGGCGGGACGUGCCAGGAAGGUCUUAACGGCUACACCUGCACCUGCCCACCGGGAUACACUGGCCGCAACUGCAGCUCACCCAUCAGCCGCUGUGAACACAACCCUUGCCACAACGGUGCCACCUGCCACGAGAGAAACAACCGCUACGUCUGCGCAUGUGUUCCUGGCUACGGUGGCAGAAACUGCCAGUUCUUGCUUCCAGAGCAUGCUGCGAUCCGCGGGUCAGAGGUGCCCUGGAUGGCCGUCGGGUCUGGUGUGGCCCUGGUGCUGCUGCUCCUGGCAGGAUGCGCUGUACUUGUUGGAUUUUUCCGAUCAAAAGCCCAGCGCAGCAGUCAAGUAGAAACCGUUGGCGAGGGAGAGACAAUAAAUAACCUGACUAACAACUGUCACCGCAGUGACAGGGACCUGGCGGUCAGCAUGAUGCCGACACCAGGCGUCAAAAAUAUCAACAAGAAGAUGGACUUCUGCAGCAGUGACCCUGAUGAAGGAUCUUCACCAGGAAGGAGUGGCUACAAGAGCCGCCAUCCGCCUGCAGACUACAACCUCGUACACGAGGUCAACUACGAGCAGGCGGCUAAAGAGGCCAUUCUAGAGGCGGCCUGUGAGGAUAAAUGCCAAUCCCUGGACUCAUUUGAGUUUGAGGAGAAACGCAGCAAACGUUUAAAAUGCGAUGCAUCAGAAAAGAAAGCCCCAGAAAUGUCUGCAUGUGCGGACACCAAGUACAAAUCUGUGUUUGUGAUGUCAGAGGAAAAGGACGAAUGUAUAAUUGCAACUGAGGUGUAACGAGCCACCAAUGGGCUGCCCGUUGCUUAUUUGCUCUAUGGGAGAGUUUUUAUACUCCUUCAGAUGCUGCUCUAACCCUAGGGGGAGGUGUCCCACCUUGAGACUGCUGCUGAUACUGAGACGUUUAACUGAUAUUCAGAGUGAGCUGGUUCUCUACUGGAAACUAAGCGCAGGCAGCGGCGGCCUGUGGGAUAAGAACUGGCGGGGUAAAAAAAAAAAAAAAAAGAAAAAAGUUUACGGUUGAAAGUAAACUGCCACUUAGCUUUCUGUUCUGCCUUUUAUCGUGGAGUGGGGGGGUAAAAAAUGAAAUAUAAAUGGACACUGUCUCGUGGCGAUAACGUGCGAUGCUACGAUUUUCGUUUUUGCAACAUUUGCACCCAGGCCUUUUCUCUAACCCACACGCCGUUGCUGAGCGCAGGAACUGCAUCAAACGGUGGAUGUUUGGCCAUACUGGCCUGUUCUUCACGAGGCUGUUCACAUGGGCUGUGCACCCAUCACUACACCUGUGAAGACUGUAUGUAUACUUGAUCACUGUGUUAAAUGAAGUGCGUUUUCUUCUCUAAGCCCUCCAAACCAUUUAUGACAUAGUAUUGUUCAUUUUCUUCUGGGUUUUUUUGGGACAUGAAAACUUUGUCUUAAUUAAAAAAAAAAAAUGUUGCUUUUUGAUACAGAUUGUCCUUUUGUAAAAUAAAGAAAAAAAACAAGAAAAAAGUUAUGAUUUAAAAUUAUGAUUUAAUUUAAGUUAAUUUAAUGAUUUUGUGUUAUUUUUAUUUUGUAUUGUAUAUUUGUGAUGUUUGUUAUGAUUAUUUAAGUUGUUUUCUUUAAUGAUGAUAUUUGCAAAGGCACUUCAGGUUAAUGGGACUUUUUUUAAGAAAAUGUUAUUUAAGAGGGAUUGUACUGUACAAAUUGUUAUGUUACUGUCUCCUUUACCGUUUUUGAAUGAAGGAAUUAGCCAAGACUAUUUUUCCAAAUAAAUAUUGCUAAACGUGAAA